AUGGAGUUGCUGCUUGAGAAACAGUUCUUUCAUUCUUCUACUCAGCCCGCCUCUGUGGAGUGUAAUCAACGCAGAUCGAUGAACCUCACAACGCCCAAGAUAUCCUUGUUCGAGGCUGUCAGUACGCCGCGUGUGGACUCCGUUAGCCUUAAUUGGAGAGACGGCCUUAUACGAGAAAUGUCAAGAGACGUAGAUUGUCGUUAUGAGGGUGUUAUCAGAAUGGUCGGUGAGAUCUGUAGGGACCUUGAGCUUCGGUGUAACGAAAGUGAGCGUCCUCUUCGGGAGGAACAAUCAAAUUCUCGUGACCUUCAAGCAAGGCUGGAAAGCUCGGAGCGAAAGAACGCUGGAUUGGAAUUUCAGGCACGAAACCGCCAAUCAACCCUCAGCGCCCUAGAGACUGAAAGAGAUUGUCUCGCCAAUCAGGUUGAGGCGACCGAGAGACGAUUGAAAGAUUUAGGGACAAGUCUCGACAAUAUCCAUCAGGAGUUCGACCAUGCCAAGAUCGAAGCUGAACGGGCAGCACAAGCUGCCAUCGAAAGCGCUAGGCAACAAGACCUCGCGUGCCUAGCUACGAUGACGGGAAAAGAUGAGGUUUUUGAGGAGCAAUGCUUGAAGCUUGCCAGCACUGAGAAUCAUGUCAAUUCCCUUGAAUAUGAAAUAAACCGUAUGAGAGAGCUGGAUGCCAAGAAUGCCGAGAAAUUGAACAACAGGGAGACACACAUCGAAACAUUGAACAAUGCUAUUUCCGCCUCGGAACGCCGUGUCCAGGAUCUUCAACAUGAAUUGAAUCAAACAAAAGAACAAGAUGCCCGCAAUACCGCGAAGAUCAGCAACAACGAGGCCCUCAUUGAAGAGCUGAAUAGUACUAUUGUUGCGGUGAACGAAGCAUCUGACCGGAACGAGUCACUGAUAUCAGCCUUGCAGGUUCAACUUCGUAACGUGGAAGUUGACACAUCCGAACUGCGAUUGCAGCACGAGACGUACGUAUCUGCCAAAGACGCAGAAUUUGAGCGCUUAGACGAGUCUAAUCGAUCUUCGAAUGACAAAUGGCAAAGCGAGCUUGAGGUGGCGCACAGGAGGGCUGCAGCAGCCAGCGAGCAGAAUGCGGCGACGAUCGCUGGCCUACAGAGCAAGGUUAGCAAACUUCGCAAAGAGCGCGAGGAGCGGGCUAGAGAGUUUGCAGAAGCUCAGGAGCUAAGCGGUCGCCUUAUGUCCCUUAUGGGAACCACCAAGCGCCAAACAUCAUCUCAUGGGGCAGAGUUGAGGACUCUAGGGCAUGACGAGCGUGAUCUACCCUCGUCUGGUGCGAAUAGUCCAGAUCUGACAGCCGCCGAAUCACUGCAUUCACCCAACUCCAGCGCUUCCAGCAGAGCACCUAAGCGCAUCAAGAGACACCAGGACUCUAGGACUCCGACAACCCGUGCAACGAAAACUUCGAAGUCUAUUAUUACAUCGAAAGAGCACCAGCGCAGCGUUAUGAGAGUUGGUAGAGUCCCACUGGGUGACCUCGGAUCAACGCAGAGUCCGGGUCUUUUAGCAUUAAAGAAUCCAAAAUCUCGAGAACAUUAUACCCCAAAAACCGACGGCGCUGGGGAAAUACCCACAGAAAAUGACCAAGUAUCUCCGGAUCUUGACUCUGAGGAAGAGUCCUUUGGCGGAGGGGACAUUUUCACAAGCACCGAACAAGAACAGAUUCCUGCGCUGCGCAGCAAACUGCCGAGACACGAAUACGAUGAGACGACCACGGAGUUCUGA